AUGAGCGUUCCGAGAGCGAGGCUCCUUGAGCUUAUGAAGGCGCAAUGCCAGGUCUUCGCGACAGUGUACAACCCCGAGGGUCUCCGACUCGGCAACAAGGUGCUCCGACAAAGGCUUCGAGGCCCAGCGCUUGCGGCGUACUACCCGAAGAGGACUGUAUCGGUUAGGGAUAUCAACAACUCGUUUGGCCCCCACAUCGAGACGUGGGAUGAGGCUGAGCAGGAGCGACUGGAGCACAUUGAAGAGUUCGUGAACCACGCGCUGUGCUAG